CCUGUCCCUCUCUGGGAGCGUUCUCAUUAUACAGAUGGGAGACAACAAGCGCAAGCGAGGCCGAAAGGCCAAACCCCAAGUAGCCGAAACCCUAGAUUUCCAAACCGCCGCCGCCGCCGCCGAUGACGGCGUCGUCUUCUCCGUCGGAAACGUUGAGCUCAUCGACAACCCCGCCCCCAUCCACAGCCGCCGCGGCCGCCCCCGCAAACUACCCGAACACUCCGACAAGCCUGAAAAAACCCUAGCAACCUCUCCGGCUAGACGAAUCGACAACAAUGGCACAAUCGUGGUCCAUAAUUCGGCUUCAGUUGACGCUCCGGCGGCCGUGGCGGCUAGGUGGGAGAGUGAAUCGGUGGCUAGGGCUUUGCCGUCGAUGGAUGCCGUCGUGAAGGUGUUCUGUACUCAUACCGAGCCCAAUUUCUCGCUGCCAUGGCAGAGGAAGAGGCAGUACAGCUCGAGUAGUAGUGGGUUUGUGAUUGGUGGGCGGAGAGUUUUGACGAAUGCGCAUUCCGUGGAACAUUAUACGCAGGUGAAGUUGAAGAAGCGUGGGUCUGAUACGAAGUAUGUGGCCACUGUACUCGCGAUUGGAACUGAAUGUGACAUUGCUAUGCUUACUGUAGAGAAUGAUGAAUUUUGGGAAGGGGUGUCACCUGUACAGUUUGGGGAUUUGCCUGCACUUCAAGUUGCGGUGACAGUUGUGGGAUACCCAAUUGGGGGAGACACAAUAUCUGUAACAAGUGGGGUUGUUUCACGCAUAGAGAUUCUUUCUUAUGUUCAUGGAUCCACUGAGCUUCUAGGGUUGCAGAUAGAUGCUGCUAUAAACUCGGGUAAUUCUGGUGGGCCUGCCUUCAAUGACAAGGGCAAUUGUGUUGGUAUUGCAUUUCAGUCCCUUAAACAUGAAGACGUGGAGAAUAUUGGUUAUGUCAUACCAACACCAGUUAUCAUGCACUUCAUUCAGGAUUACGAGAAGAAUGGAGCAUAUACUGGAUUUCCAAUACUUGGGGUUGAGUGGCAGAAGAUGGAAAAUCCUGAUAUGCGUAUGUCAAUGGGGAUGAGACCUGAUCAGAAGGGUGUUCGCAUAAGAAGAGUUGACCCUACUGCUCCAGAAUCUGCAGUCCUGAAGCCAUCAGAUAUUAUACUCAGCUUUGAUGGGGUUGAUAUUGCAAAUGAUGGGACAGUUCCUUUUAGGCAUGGGGAGCGCAUUGGUUUUAGUUACCUUAUAUCCCAAAAAUAUACUGGAGAUAUUGCAACAGUUAAAGUUCUUCGCAAUUCUGAAGCUUUCGAAUUUAAUGUCAAACUUCAGAGUCACAAAAGGCUCAUUCCAGCACACAACAAGGGCAAACCUCCCUCAUAUUACAUUAUUGCAGGACUUGUUUUUACUACUGUGUCUGUUCCAUAUCUGCGUUCUGAGUAUGGUAAAGAUUAUGAAUAUGAUGCUCCUGUCAAGCUGUUGGACAAACUAAUGCACGAAAUGCCCCAAUCACCAGAUGAGCAGCUUGUUGUGAUUUCUCAGGUUCUUGUGGCCGACAUCAACAUUGGAUAUGAGGAAAUUGUCAACACUCAGGUUCGUGCUUGUAAUGGUAAGCCUGUGAAGAAUCUGAAAAGUUUGGCCAGCAUGGUCGAGAGCUGUGACGAUGAGUUUUUGAAAUUUGAUUUGGAAUACCAACAGAUAGUGGUCCUUCGAACAAAGGCAGCCAAAGCAGCAACACUAGACAUCCUCGCAACGCAUUGUAUACCUUCUGCCAUGUCCGAUGAUCUCAAGUCAUGAGCACGUCAUUAGCGGGUCAAAGGGUUGAACUGGACUUCAACACCUAGGUCCAAGCCCAACCCAAACUUUAUUGAGGCUUGGCUAGCCUGCGUGAGGGCUUGAGUCGAGUAAAAGUUUGGCAAGUCGGGCGGGCUCAGGUGAGGUGUCCUUUGGAACUUUCACAACAUUGGUGAGAAGCCAGUUUUAUGAAGGAUUUCUUUGUUUCUUGUAUUUAAUUGUCUUGAAAUCAUGAGCUGUGAGAUUACGUUGCUUAAGCAGAUUGUAGUUGUGAACAUGGAAUAUACUUUAUAGAUUUGUGUCUUUAUUGAACUUGGAUCAUUCGAGAAUUAUGAUCUGUUCAUCGAUCUAGUGAAUAUUGUGACCAUGUCUUUGUA